AUGUCGGUCUCGAGAGCAGCGGGUCCCUCUUCGAGGGGCCUGUUUGCUUCUGCAGCUGCUUCAUCCCCAGAGCGCGCGGCGAAUCUCGGAGCCACUGCAUCUACAUCGCUCAGACGUGCUUCGCACUUUGUGGCAGAGGAGACCCUUCCACCGAGCUGGCUGCUCCCGUCACAUAUGCACCUUUUCAACCGCCCUGUCCAGGUUUCAUCGCAGCGAGUAUUCUCCUCAUCAUCAACACCACAUGCACGCACAAGGAAUUCUCAGACCAGCAGCACUUCGACCAAAGAGCUCUCCUUCCCGAGACACCUCCGCAACCCAACACCGUACGACAUCUUCCACUUCAGCAAUCGCAAGGUCACCCCAUCCGAUGUCAAGACACGAUACUACGAUCUCGUCCGCACAUGUCAUCCUGAUCGCUUCACCUCUUUGUCCUCGAAGACCAAAACGCAAGCAGCGGAAGAGUUCAAGUCGGUCAUCUCAGCGUACAAUCUUCUCAAAGACCCGUCUAAAAAGCAGUUGUACGACCGAGCGGGUAUAGGAUGGGGUGCCUCCGCCUCUGCAGCGGUGAGUGAUCCUUGGAAAAACUUUCAAGACCGCCGCUACACCCGGCGCUACGACGACUCGUUCGCCGGCGCGGGACACGACAGAUUCGGCUGGCAAAAUCCCAACUUCUACAACUCGCAUUUCUCCUCCUCCUCCGGCGGUCGAGCAGGGUGGAAAGGCGGCAACGGCCAAUAUACGUCCAACGGCGUCUUUAUCAGCACGCUGUUUGUCCUCACAUGGUUCCUCGCCGGCCUGCAGUAUUCCAGGCUCAGCCUGCAGAGUGCGAAAGCCAUUGAGCGCGCUGACAAGCACCAUUUGGAUGCUGCACGGAGCUUGAACGAGGCCAGAGAGCGAGCGCGCAGCCAGGAGGGCAGAGAACAGUGGAGGGCGUUUAGACAAAGAGCCAGGCAGCAAAAGUUUUUGGAGGACGUGGAGAGGGCCAGUGUUGCUGGGUAUGUGGUGGGUGAGAAAGGGGGUGCACGUGGGGUCGGGAGGAUUGAGGAGCCAGAGUUGGCUAGUGAAGGGGUUGCAUACAGAGAGCGUCCAUACGGCGUUGGGCACGGCGGGCCAAGUGGGAAGCAGGCUGCACAGGAACGGUUUGCUAAAGCUCAGCAGGCUCAACAGGUCAAACAGGCCGACACUGUAUUGUAG